AUGGAUGUAUUUCUGGAAAGAAUGACACCUCCUCAAAAAGAGCCUCAGUCAGGUCCUUCAGGAGGUGUUCCAGAAGAAGGCGCUGUUAUCGUGGGAGAGGACAGCUCCAUGCAUGUUACUGCCUCUGAAGACCUUCCAGCGGGACAGGAUGUGGAGGUGAAGACAGUGACAUUGAUGAUCCUGAUUCUGUUGCCAGUGGGCCUGGUGCUGAGUUCGCCGUCUCCCUUCUUGGCUCAUCACUUCACCCGCGCCGUCUGCAGGAGCGUGGAGCGGGCGGGGACCCGCGGCGCCCGCCAGCGCCCCCGCGGGCUGUGGGCUGAUAAGUGGCUGCCUGGCUCCGCACGCCCCGCCGGGCUCCGCAGCGGCUCGACUCGCCAGGGCGCUUCCCCGUCCCCGCUCGCAGCCCUCCCCGCGGUGGGACCUCUGCCCAUGCAGGAGGGGACGUACCUGGAGCUCUCCCUGGACCAGCGCGCCGCGCACUGCGCUGUUACCCUACAGCAGAGCCUCUGCGAUUCUUUGUGGAAAGAGGCAGGGCCUGACUGGAAGCUGCCGCCGCAGGUGGCGUUUAGUUCAUCUUAGAGAGUCAAAGAGACAUCUGGCGAUUUCUCAUCUGUGGAUCUCAGCUUCCUAUCAGAUGAACUUACCCAAGAAAAUAAAGGCCAGACUGUCAUUAGAAACAAGCAUGAAAUUGAAGAAAGCUGUAAAACUCAAAGUCAGUCCUUACCCAGCGAACAGGGCGUUGCUGGACUUAACAGCAACAGUUUGUCAAAUUCUCAUUCACAUCUGCGGGCUGGUGAUGCUGACUCAGUCCAGACUUCUCUUGAGAAAUCAAACUCCCUGCCUCUGGCAACUGUAACUCCCGUGACACCAAUGACCUCUGGUUCAGAAUGUUCUGGAAUUGUGCCUCAACUACAGAAUGUAGUUUCCACUGCAAACCUGGCCUGUAAACUGGAUCUGAAGAAAAUAGGUCUGAGUGCAAAAGCAAAAAAUGCAGAAUACAACCCCAAAAGAUUUGCUGCUGUCACAAUGAGGGUCUGCGAGCCCGGGACAGCAGUCCUCACGUUUAGCUCUGGGAAAACAGUCUGCACAGGAGGCAGGAGUGAAGAGCAGUCUUGACUUGCAGCGAGAAAGUUUGCUCGUGUGGUACAGCUUGGGUUCCCUGCCAGAUUCCUCGAUUUUAAAAUUCAGAACCUGGUUGGAAGCUGUGAUGUGAGAUUUCCCACCAGGCUGGAAGCUUCGGUGCUAACCCAUCAGCAGUUCAGUAGUUAUGAACCUAAACUAUUUCCUGGCCUUAUUUAUAGAAUAGUAAACCCAUGAGUUGUGUUGAUUAUCUUUGUAUCUGGAAAAGUUGUGUUGCUAGAUGCCAAAGAACGUUCUGAGAUCUGUGAAGCAUUUGAAAACAUCUAUUCUAUUCUGAAGAAUUUUGAAAAAGCCUGA